CUUCAACGCAACAACAUGCCGCGCGUCCUCAUCAAAGGCGGCGUGUGGAAGAACACGGAGGAUGAAAUCCUCAAGGCGGCCGUCAUGAAGUACGGCAUGAACCAGUGGUCGCGCAUUGCCUCGCUGCUGCACCGCAAGACGGCCAAGCAGUGCAAGGCGCGUUGGUACGAGUGGCUGGAUCCGAGCAUCAAGAAGACGGAAUGGUCGCGCGAGGAGGAGGAAAAGCUGCUCCACCUCGCCAAGCUGAUGCCGACACAGUGGCGCACCAUCGCGCCCAUGAUUGGACGUACCGCCGCUCAGUGCCUUGAGCACUAUGAACGUUUGCUAGACCAAGCACAGGCGCGUGAAACUGGCGAAGACGUAUCCACCUCGGAGGCACGCAAGUUGCGCCCUGGCGAAAUCGACCCGCACCCAGAAACCAAGCCUGCCCGCCCCGACCCGGUUGACAUGGACGAAGACGAAAAGGAAAUGCUUUCCGAGGCCCGCGCACGCCUCGCCAACACACAGGGCAAAAAGUCAAAACGAAAAGCCCGUGAGCGCCAACUGGAAGAGGCGCGCCGCCUGGCGUCGCUGCAAAAGCGCCGCGAGCUUGCUGCUGCCGGCAUCGAGAUGCCGCGCCGCUUCAAGAAGCGCGGACAGAUUGAUUUGAAUGCCGAGGUCCCCUUGCACAAGGUGGCCCCGCGAGGCUUUUACGACACGUCCAUGGAAGUCGAUGACGGCACGGCCGCCCGCGAAUUCAAAACUCGCUCGCUGCAGGACUUGGAAGGCAAGAAGAGCGCUCAAGCCGAGGCGGAGAUGCGCAAAAAGGACAAGGAGAAGCUGGACAAGAAAAAGUCCACCGAUCUCGUCGGACUGCUCCAGGCCGACAAGGAGCUGGAGCGCACCAGCAAGCGCGCGCGUCUCGAGCUGCCUGCACCGCAAGUCUCUGAGGCCGAGCUCGAGGAAAUUGUCAAGCUGGGCUACUCGACCGAGAAGGCCCGUGCUGCUGUUUUAGCCAGCCGCUCCACCGCGUCGUCCAGCUUGCUGAGCUCCGACGGAGCUGACGGCUCGACCGGUGGUGGCUCUAUUUUGCAAAGCGCGGCUGCUGUGGCCAUGCGCGCUGCCUCGAACGCGGCCUCGAACCCCAAUCUAACCGCCCGGACACCCAUGUCUCAGGACAUUAUCCUGGAAGAGGCGCAAAAUUUGCUCGCCCUGACGCGAAUGGAGACGCCGCUCAAGGGCGGCGAUGGGCCCGAGGUCCAGUCCGUGUUUGGGUUUGACGGUAUGACUCCGCGCCGACAGGUCACUCAGACACCCAACGUGACCUUGCGCACUCCGUUGCGAACACCCGCGGCCGGUGGCAUGGCUGGCGGCAUGACCCCUCGCGUCGGAGACGGCGGCGCCUCGUCAAGUUUGGGCGGAAGCACGCCCUUCCGCGACAGCCUCCGCAUCAACGACACCAUGGACACUGACGACUUGGCCGCGUACGAGCGCGACCAACGCGCCCAGCGCAGCCAAUUGCUGGCAGGCCUCGCCGCGUUGCCCAAGCCCAAGAACGACUUUGAGAUUGUCUUGCCAGAGCUCGAGGGCUCUGUCGAGGACGUCGAAGACGAGGAUCGCCCCAGCUACGUCACGGGUGAGGAGGAUCGUGAAGAGAUCGAGGCUCGCAACUUUGCCAACCAGCGUGCUGAAGAACUGGCCGCCGCGCGUCGCCGGUCGCAGGCCGUUCAACGCCAUCUCCCGCGUCCAUCCCAAGUCAACCCCGCCAUCGGCAAGGCUUCGGGCGCCGCUGGCGUUACUGGCGGUGAGAGCACCAUUGCCACCAGCACAACAACGACAACCGUGCGCGCCGGCGGCGGUGCAGCUGCUGGUGGCCUGACCAUCUCCCCUGCUCUCAUGGCAGCGGAUGAUUUGAUCAAGGCCGAGACGGCUGCAUUGCUGCGUAUCGACACGCGCGAGCACCCUGCUGGUCGCGGACUGACCGAGUUGGCUGCUGCCUACAUUCAGGACGAGGACGACGACGACGCCGUUGCUUCUUCCGCUGCCCUCGAGCCAGCCUUUUUGGCAUCUUCGUCGAGCGCCGGUGCUUACGGCGACUUUUCUGACGAUGAGAUUGUGGCGGCGCGCAAGAUGCUCGCACAGGAGACGGAGAUUGUUCGCCAUGUCAUUUCUUCUCGAUGGGGCACUGCCCACGAAGAAAACGGUGUGUCGAUGGCCGAGUACGAGCGCGUGUGGCUUGAAGCGCUCGACGACGUGACGUACGUGCCUUCGCAGCAACGCUACGGCCGAACGGCACUUGCCAGCAAGAAGGAUCGCACGGAUGCGCUCGCACAGACGCUGGGACACUUGUCCGACCAGUACCAAGCCAACCGCAAACAAACAGAUCGUGCAGAAAAGAAACUGAUCGUCCUGACCACCGGUUUCCAGACGCGUGUCAAGAAUCUCAAGCAGCAAAUUGGCGACCUCACAACCCGUCUCGAGCAGUCGGAACGCGAGCAAGCCUGCUUUGCCGGCCUGCGCGACAAUGAGCAGAGCGCACUGCCUGCUCGUCUCCAGUCGCUGGUCGCUGAAGUAGAUCACGUUUCACAGCGCGAAAAGGAGCUUCAAAGCUUGUUCUCGACGCUUUCGUACGAGCUCACGUCCAAGGCGACGAUUUAAAGCAAAACGCAAGUAAUGGGCGAAUGGAAGCUUUUUCUUGAACUCUAUGUUAUGGUUAAGCGGUGUGUUGUUGUUGUUGUCGUUUGAGAAUACAGUAGAUAAUUUCCAUGUCA